GUUUGCUUCAAUUGGAAGCAAAACGACUGCGUCUCGACAAAGCUAAAUUACACAGAGAGACGAGGAUCUGAAUUGUGUGAUCGUAUUGGUCAAUGAUCGAGACUCGGUGAGGACGAUGACUGACGGUUGGAUCCGAGCUCUUGUGGAAGCAAUCCACUCGAGCCCUACUCAGGCUGUUCUCUAUCUCUCCGGCGGAGCUUCUCAGUCGUUAGGAAGCUUGAUGUCAGUACCUGGAGCUUCAAACACUGUGCUUGAAGCUGUGGUCCCUUAUUCAAGAAUGUCCAUGAUCCAAUUGCUCGGAAAGGUUCCUGCCCAAUUCUCUAGUCGCCAAACUGCAGAGGAAAUGGCACUAUUGGCUUAUAAUCGUGCACUCAAGCUCUCUAACCCAGGUUCCCCUGUUCUAGGUGUGGGUUUCACUGGUUCUUUGGCUAGCACACGCCCAAAACUUGGGAAACACAGGUUCCACUUGUCAACGAGGACAUCAGACUGGAUGUGCUUUUCUACAGUUACCUUUUUAAAGGGAUUGCGAACUAGAGAGCAAGAAGAUAGGGUUUCAAGUCAGUUUUUACUCAAGGCAAUUGCAAAUGCUUGCAACGUUCCAGCAACAUAUGCUUCAGAAUUGUCUGAAUCUGAAGUUCCUGAUGAAUGUGAAGUGCACUUUGAUGAAGAUCAACAACUAGAGCAACUUAUAAGUGGGCAAAUAUGCUUUAAGGUUUAUCCAUUUUCAAGUGAGAAGGAUGUGUCAAAUUCAGAAAGGAAGAUAAUCCUACCUGGUUCAUUUAAUCCUUUACAUGAUGGUCAUCUAAAGCUCUUGGAAGUUGCUACUAGGAUUUGUGGUGAUGGAUAUCCAUGCUUUGAGAUAUCAGCAGUAAAUGCAGACAAACCUCCUCUAACAGUGUCUCAAAUCAAAGAUCGUGUUAAGCAAUUUCAGAAAGUUGGAAAGACGGUGAUUAUUUCCAAUCAGCCUUACUUUUAUAAGAAAGCUGAACAUUUUCCUGGAAGUGCUUUCGUAAUUGGUGCAGAUACGGCAGCGAGGCUUGUUAAUCCUAAGUACUAUGGUGGGGAUUAUGAGAAGAUGUUGGAUAUACUUAUCGGAUGCAAAAGAACAGGAUGCAUAUUCCUUGUGGGUGGUCGAAAUGUAGAUGGGGUUUUCAAGGUUCUCGAAGAUUUAUGUAUUCCAGAAGAAUUGAGAGACAUCUUUAUCUCAAUACCAGCAGAGAAUUUCCGCAUGGAUAUAUCAUCAACCGAAGUACGGAAAAGUCUAGGAAUGUGAUGCUCUCACUGCCUGUAUCAUCUUUGCAGAAUCGGGAUGUGGACUUACUGAAAUUCUUGUAUUGUUAUACAGAUUUUGAGAACUUAGUACGCAACAUUUGUAAAGAGAACUACGUCAAUACCUAUGUCCUAUCUAUGUAUAUACUGCUUGUUUGGGUGUAUAUAUAAUUUAGAACGCGUUCCAAGGAAAUGAUUGAUCGAUCCAAACAUUUUGUUUGGGAUUUAUAAUCUUUUGUCAUUUCAGCUUCA